AUGGCGCAGGACGAAAAGAAGCCCACAGCCGCAGAGAAGGGCAAGGCAAAGGCGGAGGAUAUUCCCAUAUCCAACGGAGACAAGGACGCACAUGAUGAAACAGACGAUAGUAAAAAGCCUCAGGGCAAGGCGGAAGAGCAUGUUGAAGAAGAGCUCAGCGAGGAAGAUCAACAACUCAAGAGCGAACUCGAGAUGCUCGUGGAGAGGCUAAAAGAGGACGAUGCCAGCCUAUACAAGCCUGCCAUGGACGCUAUCAAGAAUUUCAUCAAGACGUCCACCUCGUCGAUGACCGCCGUGCCUAAGCCCUUAAAGUUUCUCCGACCCCAUUACGACGAGCUGACCGCCCUAUACGACAAAUGGCCAGCCAGUCCCGACAGAGAUUCGCUCGCUGAUAUGCUAUCAGUAUUGGGCAUGACAUACGGUGAUGAAGAGAAGUUCGAGACACUGAAAUACAGGCUGCUGUCCAAAUCAGACGACCUCGGCUCGUGGGGUCAUGAAUACAUCAGACAUCUUGCGCUUGAGAUCGGUCAAGAAUAUCAGAAUCGCUUGAUAGACGAUCGAGAAGUUGGGGACCUCACAGAGCUUGCCUUGUCUUUGGUCCCCUACUUUCUGAGCCACAAUGCAGAGGCGGAUGCUGUGGACUUGCUCAGUGAACUCGAGAUGAUCGAAGAAAUUCCUCGAUUCGUGGAUGAGAAUACAUAUGCACGAGUUUGUCUCUACAUGGCCUCUAUGGUCAGCCUUCUCACCUUCCCGGAAGAUGUCGCGUUCCUUAAGACGGCACAUGACAUCUAUGUCAAGUACAACAAAUUAGCGCAGGCAGUGGUGUUGGCCAUAAGAUUGAACAACGUCGCUCUUAUCCGGCAAGACCUAGAGUCUACGGACGAUGUGGCGCUGAAGAAGCAAUUAGCUUUCCUCGUUGCUCGGCAGAGAUUAUCGAUCGAUUUGCCGUCCGAGACCAAAGACGAGCAAGAGAUCGCCGAAUGCUUGGGAAACACACAACUGCCCAACCACUUCAAAACCCUUGCCAAGGAGUUGAACAUUCUAGAACCAAAAGUACCAGAGGACAUCUACAAGACACAUCUAGAGAGCGGACGGGGCAGUUCUGCUGCAGCAGACUCGGCAAAGCACAACCUGGCCAGCGCAUUCGUCAAUGCCUUUGUCAAUGCGGGUUUUGGCACCGACAAACUCAUGCUGGUGGAAGGCGACCAACGACCAUGGGUGUGGAAGACGAAAGACGACGGAAUGCUCUCCACUACUGCAUCGUUGGGUAUGCUCAAGCAAUGGGACGUCGAGGGCAGUCUGGACGUGAUUGACAGAUUCCAGCAACUAUCUGAGGAACCCAUCAAGGCUGGGGCUUUGCUGGCAUAUGGUGUGGUCAAUUCUGGAGUACGGAUGGAAGGCGAUCCUGUCAUCUCCUUGCUGAGCGAUGACGACGUCCUCGAGAGAGGGAGCCCCGCCAUUCGCGUGGCUGCCAUCAUGGGUCUAGGCCUGUCAUAUGCCGGCUCUAACAGAGAGGACUUGCUAGACUAUCUUCUUCCUAUUGUCGAGGACAGCUCGCUGGAGAUGCGGCUAUCUGCCAUGGCCGCUGUGUCUCUCGGUAUGAUCUUUAUCGGCACGUCUAACUACCAAGUGGCCGAAGCAAUUGCAACUCAACUGAUGGACGAUGACCGGCACAAGCAGUUCAAGGACAAGUGGGCGAGGUUCAUGGCUCUCGGCUUGGCUCUGGUUUACUUUGGACGGCAAGAGGAGGCGGAUGUCAUAUUGGACAUUCUGAAGGCGAUCGACCAUCCCAUGGCGAAGCCGACCGCCACUCUUGCCUCUGUUUGCGCAUGGGCAGGCACGGGAGCCGUGCUUAAGCUGCAGGACCUGCUGCACAUUUGCAACGACCAUAUCGAAGACAAGGAAGAGACAGCAGGCGAGCAACUAGUCCAGUCUUACGCCGUCCUGGGCAUCGCUCUGAUUUCCAUGGGCGAGGAUGUGGGUCAGGAGAUGGUCCUUCGACAGUUCGCCCAUCUUAUGCAUUACGGGGACGCCAACAUUCGGAAGGCUGUACCGUUGGCAAUGGGUUUGAUCAGCCCCAGCAAUCCUCAAAUGAAGAUCUACGACACCCUGUCAAGGUACAGUCACGACAAUGAUAACGACGUGGCCAUCAACGCCAUCUUUGCAAUGGGAUUGGUGGGGGCCGGCACCAACAAUGCUCGUCUGGCCCAGUUGCUCAGGCAGCUCGCUAGCUACUAUCAUCGCGAUCAAAAUUCACUGUUCAUGGUACGGAUCGCCCAAGGACUUGUUCACAUGGGCAAAGGCACCAUGACUCUGAAUCCCUUCCAUACCGAUCGGCAAGUCUUGUCCAGGGUCGCUGCUGCGGGCCUGCUCACUGUUCUCGUGUCUCUCAUCGACGCGAAGCAAUUCAUUCUGGCCGAGGCGCAUUACCUGCUGUACUUCCUUGUGACAGCCAUGUACCCGCGGUUCUUGGUCACUCUCGAUGAAGACCUGAAGCCUCUCACAGUCAAUGUCCGAGUGGGUCAAGCGGUGGACGUUGUUGGAGCGGCAGGCCGACCGCGGACCAUCACUGGCUGGCAGACACAAAGUACGCCAGUCUUGCUUGCAUACGGCGAGCGGGCGGAACUGGAAGACGAGGAAUACAUCUGCUUGACCAGCACCUUGGAGGGAUUGGUCAUUUUGCGCAAGGUCAGUACAGUACCCUACCCAUUGAAGCGACCACCUUGA